CUUUUCAGAAUCAAUUUCUGGUGCUGCAACAAUUCGCUGUUUCAAUCAGGAAGAUCGCUUCUUGACACAAAUUCUGAGUCUUAUUGAUGACUAUUCUCGGGUAGCGUUUUACAAUUCUGCCACAAUGGAAUGGCUGUGUGUUCGGAUCAACUUUCUCUUCAACCUGGUGUUCUUCCUUGUUCUGAUCAUCUUGGUGGGUCUGCCUAGGUCAGCUGUUGACCCCAGCUUGGCAGGACUGGCAGCAACCUAUGGUUUGAACCUAAAUGUUCUUCAAGCAUGGGUGAUAUGGAAUCUGUGUAAUGUUGAAAACAAAAUGAUAUCAGUUGAGAGAAUUCUUCAAUUUACUAACAUACCAAGUGAAGCACCUCUAGUGAUUGAAGAUUAUAGGGCAAAGCCUGAAUGGCCAACAGAUGGAAGAAUAGAGCUUGAAAAUCUUCAUGUACAGUAUAAUCCUGCUCUCCCAGUGGUUCUCAAAGGGAUCACUUGCACCUUCCCGGGAGAGAAGAAAAUUGGAGUUGUGGGCAGGACGGGAAGUGGAAAGUCAACUUUAAUUCAAGCUCUCUUCAGGAUAGUGGAGCCUGCAGGAGGACGUAUCCUUAUUGAUGGAGUUGAUAUAUGCAAAAUUGGAUUGCAGGAUCUAAGGUCCAGAUUGGGUAUAAUACCACAAGAACCAACAUUGUUUCAAGGAACUGUGAGAAGUAAUCUGGAUCAAUUACAACAGCAUUCAGAUCAAGAAAUUUGGGAGGUCCUCAAGAAGUGUCAUCUAGCGGAGAUAGUGAAACAGGAUCAGAGGCUUCUCGAUGCCCCAGUUGGAGAAGAUGGAGGAAAUUGCAGCGUUGGACAGAGGCAGCUUGUUUGCCUAGCCAGAGUGCUACUCAAGAAGAGAAGAAUUCUGGUGUUGGAUGAAGCUACUGCUUCUAUUGAUACUGCAACUGAUAAUUUAAUUCAAGAAACAAUAAAAGAAGAAACAAGGGGAUGCACCGUCAUUACUGUUGCUCAUCGAAUAAAUACUGUUAUUGACAAUGAAUUGAUUCUGGUCCUUGAUGAAGUUAUGCUAAGAAAUCCAAUAUAGCCAUUUUAGAAAUUG